AUGGAGAUGGCGACAAAGAACACUGAGGUAAUGUCGCAGCCGGCCAUUGGUUCAGUCAAUGUUGUGAGCAAAGGUCAGAGGUACAAGCCUCGGAAAUCAAAGCACUGGGGUACUGAAAGAUCACACUCGGACAAGGCAGAGGGAACCAACAGUGACUCAGGUAAAAGGUGUUUUCGCUGUGGUGGAAAACAUACACCAGCAGACUGUAAGUUUCUGCAUGCGCAGUGUUAUGUGUGUCAGAAAGAGGGACAUAUUGGAAAAAAAUGUCCAACCAAAAGGUCAAAAGGGCCUGUAAGCGGUACUAACAUUAGUAAGACUAAGUAUCUGGAGGCGCAGGAACUCAAGGAUGAUGAGUUCUUAUAUGGCCUGUAUAAUGUCGCUAGUGUUGAUAAGGGCUAUAAGGUGAACCUCAAUUUGAACGGUUGUCCAGUCCAGAUGGAAAUUGACACAGGAGCCGCAAUCACUAUUUGCUCGGAGAAGGUGUAUACUGAUCAUCUCUCGCAAUUGUCCUUGCAAAAGCCCACGGUCAAGCUGAAAGACUAUGGUGGCGUGAACGUGCCAUUACGCGGUGAGGUAACCGUUCCGGUGACAUACGGAAAUCAGAGCCAUAACUUGUUGUUGCGCGUCGCAUGUGGCAACCGUCCAUCGUUGUUGGGUCGGAACUGGCUAAGCCACAUCAAGCUCGAUUGGCCAAUUAUCUUUACUGUGACCCAGUCAGUGCAGUCGCAGCGCAUUGAUACGUCGGUCAAGGAACUGUUGGUCAAGCAUCACAAGCUGUUCCAGAAAGGUCUGGGAACGAUACAGAAAUUCAAGGCUCACGUAAAGGUUCGGUCUGAUGUACAGCCCAUUUUCUGUAAGGCCCGGGCGGUGCCUUUUUCCCUGAAGGAAACCUUAGAGAAGGAGCUUCAUAGACUUGAAAAUGAAGGCAUUGUGUCGCGAGUCGAACAAAGCGAUUGGGCGACUCCAGUUGUCAUUGUGCCAAAGGCCGAUAAGUCAAUACGCCUUUGUGGCGACUUCAAGGUGACUGUAAACAAGUGCUUGGAUGAACAACAGUAUCCACUUCCGAAUGUGGAAGACAUGUUUGCACAGCUGGCCGGUGGUCAGAAGUUUACGAAGUUGGAUUUAUCGAAGGCGUACCAGCAGUUAACAUUAGACGAGGCCUCAGGGAAAUAUUUAACCAUAACCACACACCUGGGAUUAUUCAAGUAUCAUCGGUUACCGUUGGGUGUUGCAUCGGCCCCCGCUAUCUUUCAGUCAGUCAUGGAUCAGAUAUUGCAGGGAGUACCGCAUACCAUGUGUUGUAUCGACGAUAUCCUGGUUACGGCACCAAGCGACAGUGAACACAUCAAAAUCUUAGGUGAAGUGUUGCGCAGACUCGAGGAGCACCACGUCCGUCUACGCGAGGACAAGUGUAAGUUCAUGGAGGACACCGUCAAGUAUAUGGGUCAUAUGGUGGAUCGCGAGGGAAUCCAUCCCACUGAGGCGAAAAUCGAAGCGAUCAAGAACGCGCCAAGUCCGACAAAUGUGUCUGAACUGAAAUCAUUUUUAGGACUUUUGAACUAUUAUUGUCAGUAUAUGCCGAAUCUGUCGACCAAGUUGCAGCCAUUGCACGAGCUUUUGCGACAGGAUACAUCCUGGAACUGGACCUUACAGUGCGAGUGCGCGUUUCGGUCGUGUAAGGACCAGUUGUGA